AUGAGACUCCAGUCCCUUGCUCUAGCAGCAACCAGCUUGACCGCCCUCCUUCCCGAUGUAGCCUCAGCGCACUACAUCUUCCAGCAAUUCUCUGCCAACGGUGUGACAUAUCCGCCAUGGAAGUACAUCCGGCGCAACACCAACCCGGCAUGGCUGCAGAACGGUCCCGUAACCGAUCUGUCAUCGACAGAUCUGCGCUGCAACGUUGGCGGGCAGGUCAGCAACGGCACUGAGACCAUCACGCUGGCAGCAGGAAGCGAGUUCACCUUCACGCUGGACACGGCGGUCUAUCAUGCUGGGCCUAUCUCGCUAUAUAUGUCUAAGGCACCCAACAAGGUGGAGGAUUAUGAUGGCAGCGGGCCGUGGUUUAAGAUUCAUGAUUGGGGUCCGAGCGGGAAUAGUUGGCCUCUAAGAAUCUCAUAUACAUACAAUAUUCCCAAGUGCAUUCCCAACGGCGAGUACCUGCUGCGUAUCCAGAGCCUUGGGCUUCACAACCCCGGAGCUGCUCCCCAGUUUUACAUUAGCUGUGCACAGGUCAAGGUCAUCAACGGCGGCAAUGCCAACCCAUCUCCAACCGCCUAUAUCCCAGGAGCAUUCAAAGCCACUGACCCCGGAUACACUGUCAACAUUUACAACACCAACUUGGCUAAUUAUGUCGUUCCUGGCCCACGCCCGUUCACAUGCUAG